UAGUGGUGACGAAAUGUCUGCCGCGAAAACACAUUAUAUUCAAUGAUUCGGAUCAUAGACUGUUAUAUACAGUCUAUGAUUUGGAUUCGUAUGUGCCUAUAUUAUGAUACAUUCAUGGUGUGAACUCUUGUAAUAAAAAAAGUCGGAGCUUUUACGAGGGGCACUUGAAGGCAGCAUGUGUGCGUCGGCGUUUCUAUGGUAACAUUGCUGUGGAGUAUUGACAGGAAAACAGAUGACCAGAUCUUCAUGAAGCACACUAACAUGGACGAAGGACUCAAACAUGAGAAGAUAUCUCAAGUGUUGAAGACUGAGCAAGGGAGGCCUCCUUCUCCGAGACCAGCGGUUCUGGCCGACCAGUGGGACUUUGUGGAGUCGGACACGGAGAGCUUGGCCCAGGAGAGAGCUUACCAGCAGCAGCAGCAGCAGCAGCUACAAAUGCCUACUGGGCGCCAUGACCAAAACAAAUACAUUCUUCCUCACAAGGAGAAUGCUGACAGCUUACAGCGGGGAGAUGGAGAGGAUGAAUAUGCAAAUGAUGAUGAAACUGAAGAUCUUCAGGUUUGUGAUAGCCUUGAUGUAGCAGCACACCCCACCCUGUCACAGACUGAAGAUUUGGAUACACAGAUGGAUGAAAGAGAAGGAACGAGCCAGCUCCUCACUGAUGAUGUCUACUCUGAGCUACGCUAUGACCCCAACUGGAGGACCAACCUGAGGGGAGCCGGCUGCUUCAAUGAGAGUCCACGGAUUUCUGUCGAGGAAUAUUACCAAGUCCCUAAAGAGAAAUCUAGACAGCCAUGUGGUGACAGCCAAGGACUCAGAAUAAAAGCAGGAUACAGAUACAUCAUCAACACAAGUCCAGCUGCUGUGGUGACUCCUCAUUUGAGUGGCGAUGAGUCUGACCAGCCGUACCGCCUACACCCACAACAUGGUCAGACUAGUUCAGUAACAUCCCCCAACUGUCACAACCAUGCUUUACAACUUGGAUCACCAGAGGCUGACCAUUCAAAGCCAUCCUGCAUUUUCACUAAAGAUGACGGUGACAAGCGGUCACUAAAAGGAUUCAAAAAGAUGCGUGGAAAUAACUGUGACAAUGCUGGGGAAUACAGCAGGUCUCCCGAGCAGCCCAAGGAUAUACGUGCUAUGUCCAAGAACAUCCAAGAACGCACACAAGGAGGACCCACUCAAAUACAGCAAAUGAGCACAUCCAUAGUUCCCAAGGUUUUAUUGAACAAAAAGCUCGAAAGACUGACUGAGGACAUAGUGGAACGCAACAAAAUAACCCUGGGGCGCAACACUUCCAAAUGUGGCUCUUAUGUGAGUGCGCAUGCACUUAACCGGGAGAUGCCUCAUCAUGUCAAUAAGGGGCAUGGAACUCUGAAGAAGACAGCCAGCGCAGAAAGUCAAGAGGACAGUUCAGACCCCAAGCCGAAAACACAGCAGUUGAGGGUCACCCAGAUCAGUGAAGGGAAGAAAGCCCAGCGGAAAGAAAACCCCAACCGCCCUCCACUGCAGCAGCAGUGGAGGGCCCUGGGGGUCAGCACUGAGUGGGGGGGCCGUCUGAGCUCCCCUUUGGCAAAACCAGUCGCUGCAGGUCAGCCAAACCCUCAGAAGACGACUUCAUCACAGCCUUUGGUCCCCAACAUCCACCUCAACAUCAACCUCAACCCAUUAAUCCAGCAGAGGGGCCAGGAAGACAUCCUCAAUUUAGCAUCUCUUCAUGCUUGUCCUAAUUGGAGACCUGCAUCUCAAGUUGAACUUGCCUUGUCCCCUGGAUAUCAACUAACUAUUCCAGGAAGGUCCUCCCUGAUGUCGCAGAAAGGUGUAAGCACACAUCUCCACCACCAAAACCUGGAGAGUAGUCCCGAACAAUGGCAAAGGACAGCUGCGUUGAAGUGGCCAUUAUCCCGUGAAGGGGAGGACCAGAAGUGUCCAAAUGAGGUUCAGACUAAGCAAUUUCCACAGAACCUCCCCAGGACACCCACCACCACUUUUUCGGGCUCCUACACAGUGCUGCCCCCUAUAACAGAGUCAAUGGCAGGACAAGAGCCUGAGCUGAGCCCUGGUGUGAACACAGCCUACCCCAUCCAUAGAAGCAGCUCUGACAGCUACCUGGGUCAGAUGGAGAAACAGAAGCAGCUGAGGACCAGAGUCACUUACAAGGCGUACAGUCUGAAAGACUACAAGCAGCUGAAGUCCGAUAUGACUCUGCGAGGCCUGGGCCCUGACUACUCGGCCAUUGAAAAGACAGCUGAGAAAAUGAAACGACAGAAGCUGUAUUCAAAUGUGAUCCGCGAGCAGAACAAAACCAUUAGUAGGAUCCCCUUUCUACUGGCCAAGGACCCGGAAGGCAAUGACAAGAACGUUCCCAGGAUGAAGGCCUUGGAAUAUGCUAAGACCAUAGCCAAACCCCCUGUACAGUCUCAACCAAAACAGAGACCCAAACACCGGUCCGAAGGCUUCACUGAGCCCGCUCCUUACUUGGCGGACUUGGACGUCUCCCAGCUGGCCACACUGGAAGUCCUUAGAAAACGGCAUGAAGAAGAAAAGCAGGCUGUGGCACUCUUCAGAAAAGUACAUUCUGUCUGAGGCAAGGUGCAAUUCAUGGAACCCGUGCUCUCAUAGAUAUCCACACUCCCAAGAUGUAGGAAACAUGUUGCUGCCUUAUUAAAUUUGCUAGGCCUAGUGUCACAUCAACAUUCCUUACCACAUACAUUUGUUACACAUUUUUCAAAAUAAUCAUUUCUGAGGUUGGCAGCCUCAGCCAGCAUCUGUGUUACUUUUAACAAUUCACAAUGGUCAUUUUGCAGCUUGGAUUUGUGAUUUGUGCUUGCUUAAAUCUUGGAAGUUAAUGGAGCCACAAAAUCUCACAACUGCCACCAAGACACAUGACACCUAACUUCUUGACGUGUACUUUAAAAAAAGUACACGUCUGUUACUGUGUUUUUUUUGGAACUGGUUUGUCUAAUGCCUGUUAAAGGAACUUCAGUUUAAAACACGUUGGCUUUUGCUUUCACCACUCAGCUGUAGCUACUGGUUCCUGCUGAAGUUCACAUCAUUACUUGUCUCCAGCAUAGGAAUGGACUGUAGUUCAGAGUUUGAUUUACCGGUAGUCUGUUGAUUGUUUUUAGCAGUGUUUAAUGAUACUGUCAUGCAUGAUCAGGCAAUGUUGUGCUUUCUCUCCUUGAGUACAGUAAUCAUGUCUAAUGACAGUCACUCCCUGACUGUGCGCUUGAAAUUGCUAUGCAAUUUUGCAAAAAUGCAAAAUUUAGAGCUUUUUAAACCAUCGUAAUAUGAUCUUCUCUAUAUGAAACAUUACCACCGCCCCCCUCUCUCCCUAAAAGCUCAAAAAUAUAAUCCUAAACAUGUAACGCACCCUAACAAAUCAGUCCGAGUUAUUAGAGUCGCUGUGUACCUGUGGCAGGCUGAACAGGUAGUUAGAUAUUUUAGAAAGCGACACGUCAGUGAAAAUACAUUUUAAUUUGAAGGCACUCAUUAUGUUGUCUGAUGUGACCAAUCCUUAUCUAUGUGGAACCUAUUGGAAAAAAAGCUAUAUUCAAAAACACGUGUGCAUGUACAGUUUGG